CUCCACUGAUCACUGAUUCUCACUAGAACUCUAGUAAAUACCUCAUGAAGCCAGUCAAUCGCUUUAUACUUACAGAUUUAUACUGUCGUAUAGAUUCAGAUUGUUCUUAUAUUCACGGCAGUAUAUGUCAUCCAGGAGUUGGUGCAUGCGUUUGUCCUAGUGGUUAUGAAUUUGUAUUUCAACAUUUUUCCUGUUUACCUCGUGUAAAUGACAGUUCGAAUCCGUUUUGCACAGCUUGUCAAAGAAUUAAUGGAGUAUGUGUGUUAAAUAAUAGAAAAAAUGGUUUAUUAUUGAAUAAUUAUUACCAAGAUGAUCUUCAGUGUGCAUGUCCUAGAAAACCAAACAUUACUGUUAUCAAGAAAUACUCAUUUCUUGAUAUAUGCAAUCCAAUCCCUGUUGAUAUUGGAGAAGAAUGUAAUCAUAUUAAUAAAGUAUGCCUUAGUCAAAAAGCAAUUUGUCUUGAAAGUUCAAUCAAUAUACGUCAAACACAAUCGACAACAAAUCGUAAUGUAAAUAUUUGUGUUUGUCAUGAAGGUAUGAUUCCAGUAUAUCAGAAGAAUUUAGACUAUUUUGAAUGUUUUAUCGAAGAAACUGAUCCAACUAUUAUUGAUUGUCAACAUUGUUAUCAAUCAAAUGGGAAAUGUUAUCGACUUAAUAUUGGAUCAAUCAAUCGAAUACAAUAUCAAUAUAGUUGCUCAUGUUCAUUAUUUAAACAAAAUGAUCAAUCACUUAGUGAUUAUUAUUCUUAUCCAUAUUAUUUAGAUAUAAAUUUGAAUAAUAAAAAAAUCAAUAUUCAAUCUGAUCAAGGAUCUGAACAAGGAAAACAAUUAUCAAGGUUUCAUAUAAAGAGAAAAGAUUGUAUAGAAUAUUUAUUACAGAUUAUAUGUAAUCAAGAAAGUAUUCAUAUCUGUUUUAAAAAUCCAUAUCAAACAUCAAUGAUAAGAACCAAUCAUAGAUCACGAAGCAUUCAAGUCUACUUGGAUGCAUCAAGGAUCUAUCCUGAAUCCAUUCAACAUGAAUUCAACUAUUCUAUAGAUAAUCAAAAAUGUUAUUUAAUCAAACAGAAUAAACAUAAUAAUGAUGAAUAUUGUUUAUUAGUUAAUUUUAAUCAAUUCAAUGAAUUGAGACAAUGUGGAAUUUAUGAAAUAAGUUAUAAGUAUGGAUCUGUAUUUUAUGGCACAUUACAUGCUGAAAUUGCAAAGAAUGAGGUUUCAUUAUUGAGAAACGUUCAUAUUGACUUUGUUUGUCAUAUCAAUGUUUCUUAUUUGAAUGGGUCAAAUCUAUCUACUUCAUAUUUCUAUGACAGAUCGAUCACCUUUAAAAAAAGAAAUGGUCAGCUGAAUUUAUCGCAAAAAUCAACGGGAAUCAACAAUCUCCUCCCAACGAAGUACAUCGAAAAGCAAACUUUUCAAAAAGAAACAACACGAAAUAUCAAUCUCAGUUCAAUAUCUUUGUCCAUAAUUAACUUAACCAAAAAUAUUUCGCAAAAUCAUGAAAUGACAUUAAAAAUCUCUUCAUCAUUAUCUGAAUUCAUAUUAAUAGAAUAUUGUUUGGUCAAAGGUCAAUCGAUUCCUUCCAAAAUACUGCCAACAUAUGAACAUGAAAAACUCUUAGAUUUAAAAUGUUUCAAUACAAACAUUCAUAGAAUUAAACAAAUCAUUGAUAUAUAUAAUAAUAAUCUAAUAGAAUAUCAAUGUAUUUUAUUCAAACGAAUCAUUCAUCAUCGGACAUCUAAUAAGAAUCAUUCAAUUUGGACUAGUCAGUCGUUUCAUUUAAACAAUAUCUCAUUAUAUAAUACUGUUUAUUCUACUUGUCUUAUACGUGUUUGUCAAAUAGAACAACUUUGUACAUAUGCUGAAUUUUAUUCAUUGAAUAGAACAAAUAAACAAUAUAAUGAUCCAUAUGUACAAUCUAAAGUGUAUAUACCAUUGAUAAUGUUGAAUAAUAAUAAUAACUAUAGAAACAAAUCGAAAUUAUCCCACUUAUUCCCGCCAAUAAAUUUUAAUAAUUUAAUACAAUUUUACUUCAUUCAAUCUACAUUGCAAAUAAAUCAAACUAAUAUUAACAUACAAUUGAAUGAUUCUAUUGAUGUAUAUUUUAAACAUUCAACUAUAAACGAAGUUCAACAGUCUGUGAAUAGAGAUGUAAACUCUAAACAAAUUUGUCACAAUGAUUAUCAUGUUGAAAAUAGAUGUGAAUUACAUAAUACUAAUGUCAUAAUGAAUGAUAAUAGAUUAAAUAAAGAAAUAAAAGAUAUAGAAUGUGAUAGAAUUGAACAUAAUCCACUUGAUCAUCAACAACAAACUAGUCAUUCAAUGACAUGUUUAUUAAUUUAUCCAUCUAACAAAUCAAAUCAAUGUCGUCUCUUAUUUAAUAAUAACCAUAAUAAUACAUUACAUUAUACUAAUUCAUGUCUUCCAUCACCUAUUCAUUGCCAAUACAAUCAAAAUCAUCUAUCAAAGUUUAAGAUUGAUUCAUGUGUAAAAUCAAAAAAUAUCAACUUACCACAACGUAUAAGUAAAUCAACAUUGAAUAUUGCUACUAAUCAUCAAAUGAAAUUAUCAACAGAACAAUUAACAUUGAAUGAAUAUGAUAAAAUGAAUCAAGUAAAUGAUAAAAAUCUGCCGCUUUUCAAUAAUUGUACACAUAGAAAUGUAUUUUUACCAACUUGUUAUCAUAAUGAUUGUUUAAAACAAAAAUAUGGUUAUUGUACAGUAUAUCAUAGUUUAAAGAAUCAAGAUUAUAAAGAUGGUUGGGUUUAA